GACGAUUGCUCGCACAACGCUUCGCGGGUACACUACAGGGCAAAAGCUGGACACGUGGAAGGUGGUGAGCGCAGUGAGGACUCUGCGCGAUCACCACUCGGCGUCAAGCUUACCGGCGAAGGCCAUGGAGCAGCUACGACAGAACAGGACAGUAAACUGGUGGUGCUACAGCUGCCGCCAGUAUAUCAAGGCAAGCGCCAACUUUUGCCCGAAGUGCGGGCAAGGCUGGGCGACUGCGACGUAUGUGACCGAGACCUCGACUGCACCCUGGAAGGACCAAGGCUGGCAGCAAGGUUGGAGCACACCAGCUUCCCCCAGGCAAAGACCCCAAUCCCCACGACGCCGCUCCAAAAGCAAGGGCGGACACGCUGGAGGCAAGAGCAAGGGCAAGGGCAAAGCCAAGCACGUGGAAGAGACGGCCCCGCCCAAGGGUGCCGAGUCGCUGCUGGCAGCGCUACCUCGGGCUCCGCAGGCAGUGUCUGUCAAUAUGCCCGCCAGUUCGGCCACAGCUGCGGAGCGAGCACCAGCUUUGAACGAGUUGGUGGCGGCACUCACGGCGGUCAAGGAGGAACUGCCGUCGAAUGUGCAGACGAUCCUUCAGCAGCACUACGAGGAGGACGCAAAGCUGGCAUCGCGUGGAUUGCACCGACUUGUCAAUCAACAGACACAAGCUCGGCAAGAGCUACAGGCAGUUCGGCACGCCAGGGAACUUUUCCUGACGGAGUGGACGACUUAUCUGGGGGCUCUCUCAGAGCUCUUGGAGAAGCAGAUGGCGGCCAAGGCGACCAGUCUCGCGAAGCUCGAGGAGUCCGAGAACAAGUGGUCGCAGCAGCUGGCCGCAGCGACGAACGCACUGUCGCAGAAAUCACAAGUUGUGGAUCUGGAGACAGUGGAUUCGGACGCAGAUGGCAUGGAGGAAGUCGUUGCAGCCGAUGCUGCAAUGGAAGCCGCGAAGUCAGUGGCCGCCUCAAGGACCGCACAGGGCGAGGAUGCCCUGGCCGCGGCUCUAAAGCAGGCCAAGACUGCGGCAGAACAGGAGCUUGGUGCCACCAGAGAGAGGACGCCGAGACGCAGAGGCAAGGCAGGUGCGGAGGAGGCACCUGAUGAAGAGGAUAUCCGCCAGGUUGAUGACUACAUGUCGCCGUGGAUGGCGGCCGUGGCAGGCAUUUGCUUAGCAGCCGAAGUUCGACUUGAUUCCUUGGGGUUGGAACUAGCUGACGCGGUUUUUGAGCAAUGGGACCCACGACUUACGUGGGAGCAGGACGAGAUGUCGGCGUGGUGUGGAGCUGGCGCGACAGCAGAGAACACUUUCAGCUGGGAGAUUGUCGUUAUGUCUUUUGACGGUCGCCCCUCGCAGCAGGCCUCCUGGGGUGGGGCUGGACUCGGGGUUGAACGUCUGAGACAAGACGACUAUCGCCAAGCCAGCUACGCAGCGGUUGGCGACAAUGAUGACCUACGAGCCGACUGUACAGAUCUAUGGUCCUGUACAAAGUGUUGCAUAGCCUGUCCUAGGUCUCAAGGCAGCGACCGGAUAGGCACUGGCCCACUUGACCACAUGGCUUCUCCAGAUGACUCCCUUGUGGCCCCUUCCCUGGGCGGACAAAGUCCACGGACUGCCUUUCAGGCGCCGCUGUAUCUUCCCCUCUCGAAGAAUGCAGCUCCGCGACCCAGAGCGCCUAGCCAUAUCCAGUGCAUCGUUGCUGCAGCCCUUCCAGUUGAGCCUGCAGAGCUGCAAGGCCCUCUCAUGCAGCUUCCGGUUGAUGAGGUGGCUCUCCUAGCCAAUACACCGCCCGCUGAAGGGGAGCGCCUCAGAUACACCAUCUUCGACAUCUCUUACCACUCAAGAAGCCGACCACGAGAAGUGACUUGGACCGUUCUGGAGUGCGCUGCCGACGCUGUGGCAAGUGCCGCCGAGCGCACACGCGCCUUGCAAUUCCUUGUCAGGCCACUAUCGGGCUUUCCCUGCCCGCAAGUUACGCUCACGGCUGCCAGCCUCGACAGGGGGGCGUGUGCCAUUCCCAUAGAUGUCAGACCUCUCGGCCUCUUUGUUUGCACGACAGGGCUGUUUCCGGGCAUGAGUGCCCCACAGGUCUUACAGGCCAUCCUUGCGGCUGGCUGCGAUCGGCGCGGCCUGACUGUUGGGCUUAGUCCGGAACACCUGAUCAUGAAGGAGGCGUCCGGCCGCGCAGUUGAGACUACGGUAGACCCGGUUAGCGCACAUGAAUGGCUAGCCAUUGAGCACAGAGAUGCCGGACAGGCAGCUGAGACUCAAGACGGCACUACAAUCACUACCACUGCCAUGCAGCGCAGCCCGCCCAUGCUCCUUGGGCAGGACAUCGGCUUGGACAUGGAUCGCUUUGCAAUCCCCAUGUCUCUGUCGGAGGCGGAAGUCACCCCUGCGGCUGUCCUCUCGGGCCCCGGAUUCAGACUGUCGGUUGGUCAGCUUUGUCUCUUUGCCGACUUCGAUUCUCAGGGACAAAAGACUGUCCCCUUCUGCGCCUUCUUUCGAGGUUUCCCUCCAGUCCUUCUUCAAGGAUCAAACCAAUGGAACAUGGCGCAAUUCUGCGCUCAGGCUGCGAGGCAGCCAGAUGAGCUUCCAGUUCAUGUGCAGUUCCUUACGGUGCCCCUGCCGGGGCUGGCGGUACCGCAGAUUACAGUUACAGAGAAAGGGAUGGACGAAGACGGAGCCCUGCUGCCGCUUGACCUUAGGGCUUUGGGUUUGGACAUCCUGCCAGUUGCCUUGCGGCCCGGAGAUGACAUGCGUGCUGUCCUCGACAAGGCGGCGGUAUAUCAGCCAGCCCUGAAUGAGCUCCUUGCGGAGCCCUGGGGGGAAGAUCGAGUCUACUUGCAGGACCACUUCAUCGUGCCGCUGCUGGCUACGGCUUUUCAAGCGGGCAUUACGGUUUUGGUUGAUCCCGGUGUCGAGGGUUCCCAGCUGCACUCUAUUGUUUUGCAAGAGGACACCUUCCCCGACGACAUCCUCUCGCCAGCACAAAGGCGAGCAGGCCUACAAGUGUUUGUCAACGGCAUACCGGCAUCCAUGACUCGCCGGGCUCUCGCCACUGGGGAUUACGUCCAGAUCCUCGGCAUCGGGCAGGGAACCGUCCUCACGAGGCAUCUCGCUCCGCUCUUGGAGAGGAUUAGGGAACUCAGAUUGCUCUCUUUUCCAGUGAAGUUCCCUGCCCUUAAGCACCACAGCGGCAUCCCCGAGCCACACGUUGCGGUACAGCACAACAACAGGCCGCUUGCAGAAGUUUUCAAUCGAGAGUUUAGGGUCAGAGCGUCCUGCAUGGGCACGCCGCAUGCCAAACGCAGAAGUAUCUGGUUGUUACAGCCAGCCCAUGCGCCGCAUCACAUCUGGCUGGAUACACCUCUUACACCAGGUCUUCAGGAGGCGCAGGAUUUGCUGCAUCAAGAAGGGCUACUCAUGCCUGAGCAUGUCAUCAUCGAUGCUGGCUCGGCAGCUGAGACUGCUGCGGCUGCCAUCUUCCUGGUUGUAGUUCCGGAGGCGACAUACCAAACUUAUGUUGUCUCAGACCCGCUUUCGAUGCUCUGCUAUCGCUUGAUACAUUUGUCGCCGGGGACUACUGUACACCUUUCGCAGCUCCCUGCACCUGCGGGCAAAGAGUACUGUUCCCCGACGGAGGUUUUUCAGGGAGCUCUGUUUCGCCUUCGGGCUUCUUCUGACAGGGCUGCCAUACCCAAUGACACUCCGCCCACAGCCAGCUCUGAUCAAGCCGGGUCUGAAGAAGCCCCUGCCCCAGACUCGCAGUCCAAUCCUGGUGGCACCAGUCUUGCCCAUCUUCGGAGCACAAGGGCGCCCACGCGCGCGGUGCGCACACAUAGCGCCAGAUGCAGCCAGAUUGAGGCAAAAGAUGUCCCACUGGAGCUUGCGGAGAGACCUGCAGCGGAUACCUCUGGUCGCGGGCCGAGGUCGGAUCCCUUUCCCUCGCCGACCAAGCGAGUCAACGUCCUUGGUUCCUCGAUCCCCACUCCCUUCGGCCGGCGACACCUUCGCACACCGAAGCGGCAGCUGAGCCUCGAUGAACUUGUGCCGGAGGCCCCGCUUCGAGUUGGCGCCGGCAAGCUCCUUACGGGAAUCGAUACGGACAUGUAUCAGUUCCUUUUCUCACAGUACGGCAGGCAAUGCUUCGAAGCCGACUGGAGGACAGUUCGCGAUGUACCUCAGUGCGCCAGACAUUUCCUCAGCGGCCUCCCCACGCUCCCCCAAGACGCCAAGCCGCUCGCGUAUCAAUUUUACGUCGACGGUUCCUUCUAUGAGGAUACCAAGAAGUGCGGGUGGUCGAUCUGUGCCUUAGGUUUGCACCGCGGUCUUUGGCAGUGGGCCGGACACCACACUGUUCAGGCACGGGCAGAGGGAUCGCACCACACGCUGGGCUUGGCUGUCGGGUCGGCCUUCGAAACCGAGCUCGGAGCCAUGGCAUAUACCCUCGCACACUGUUUGAGCGUAGGCGUCCCCUGCGCCAUUGGUUUUGACGCCACUUCGGCACAGGCAGUGGCAUCCGCAACGUGCUACGAUCAGCAUGGCUCGGACUUGGCGCAGGCAUGCAGAUCAUUGAGCCACCUACUGAUGAUCCAAAAUCGGCUGCCUUUUUGGAUGCAUAUAAAAUCCCAUUCGGGACAUCCCCUGAAUGAGUUUGUUGAUGCGGCUGCCAAAGCAGGUGCACGAGGCGAAGUUAACAGCGCGCUGCCCACAGCUCUCCAUGAGGCUCAACUCAGCUCUACUCUGGCCUGGAUUUGGGCUGGGACGGGGUUGCACCCCUCAGUGCCUCAUGUCCUCGCCAACGGAGCCCUUGCCGAUGCUGCCCGAGUCCAGCCGACUAAGGUCAGCAUCACAGAUCUGCGACCUAUUGCACAGCCUGCCACGGCCAUGGUCAAUUUCGACAUGCGGGUUGUGACGUACAACUGCCUGACUUUACAGUCCAUCUCUCAACAAGAAAGCCUGUGCGACCAGUUCCACCAAAGGGGGGCAGCAGUUGUUGGAUUUCAGGAAACUCGUUCCGGAAACGAAGGCCGUGCAAGCAACAAGCACUACCACAUCUUACACGGCCCGGCCACGGAUGGACAACUCGGGUGCCAACUCUGGCUGUCCAAGGAUCUCCCUGUCGCCAAAGCUGGACGCGAGAAGGUUUUCUGGGAUGGAUCCAGUCUUUGCAUCCUUCAUGCCUCCUCCCGACUGCUGCUGGCCACCGCCAAAGCCGGUGGGGUUACCUUCGGUUUUGUUGUUGCACACAGCCCAAUCACCAAGGCCGGUGCUGAAGUCUGCGAGCGUUGGUGGACCCACCUCAGCAGUGCCCUUCGACGCUUGCCCAGCAACAGCGUCCCGGUGCUUCUCUUGGACGCUAACGCUAACAACCACGAUCCAGCUGAGCACCUUGUGCACCGGUCCGGUGUCAAUGCCAACCAGAAGGGUCUUGCUGAUGUUAUGGCGUCUCACUCCCUAUGUGCCUCAGGAUACAUCGACUCUUCUGGCGUCGCCUUCCACACGUGGUACGGACCGGGGGAACAGAGGGCUUGCUUGGACUAUGUGUGUUGCCCUGCCUCUCUGCGUGCUGGCAUGGUCGUCGAGGGGCCUUUUCGUGACUUCGUUGGGCACGUUGAUCACGACCAUAAGCCUGUCUCGGUCAGCUUCGCCUGGACCCAGCCCGGAACCACUACAGCCAAGGCGCCCCGGCUUGAUGUAGAGGUACUGCGCACCCCCGCCGGUAAAGCAGCUUUGCAGCAGGUUUACAGGCAGGCCCCUCGCAUAGAUUGGUCCACCUCUGUUGAUGACCAUGUGCACAUCCUGAAUUCCCAUGUCAUACAGGGACUGCGGGCCAUCUGCCCCAGACUGGCCAAUAAGCCUCGGAACCCGAUCACGUCUGAGCGCACCUGGCAGCUCAUCAAGGACCGUCGAGCCCUGCGUAGGAUCAUGCAUAACCUCGGCGAUCCUCAGGAGUGGUCAGAGUACCUUGUCUUCCUUGGGGAACAGGUUAAAGACCUCACCCGCCUCAUCCGUACGUCUGCCAAACAAGAUGCAGCCGAGGCGCUCCGUAGUUCCUUUUGCGAGGCCAGGGCACAAGGCAUUGAUGCACUUCAUCGACUCUGCCGGCGAGUUUCCAAAACGGGCAGGAGAUAUCGUGCUCCUUCUUUGUGUCCGGCGCUCAGACAAGCCGAUGGUUCUGUCGCGACAGACUCCUUUCGAAUCCUUGGUGAUCACUUUGCGGAAGCCGAAAGGGCCGAGCAUAGCCAAGCGAAUUCCAUCACCACGCGCGCGGCCAGCUAUGCGGAAAGCGAUUUCCCGGUCGCCGACUGCUUUUCCGUUGCAGGGCUUGCUCGAGCUUUCAGCGGCCUCACCGCCCGACGGGCAGCCGGCUGGACAACCUUGCCAUCGGAGGCUUACCAGGCUGCACCACUCGAAGCAGCCCACCAACAUGUCGCCCUGCUCCUCAAGUGUUUGAUCAGGCGUCAAUGCCCGCUCAUUUGGCGGGGAGGUGUCGCUGCCCCCAUUCCCAAGCCCGGUAAGCCACUUCACACCACGGCCGGGUGGCGUAGCAUUCUUCUUCUCGAACCAGGGGCUAAGGCUGUGGCCCGGGCGCUGCGAGCGGACAUGCUACAGGUCUUCGAGCAGGUGCGGCAGCCAGCACAAGGAGGCUCGAGGCCAGGUAACCCUUUGCAGGUCGCCAGCGCGCACGUGAAAGGUCUCAUCCGCAGGAUAGUCGAUCGCAGACUUUGCGGCGGCGUCUUAUUUGUCGAUGGCCAAUCCGCCUUUUACAGCCUGCUCAGAGAACCACUGCUAGGCUCAGCCGCCUGCCAAGACACCGAGUUCAUCCAUAAGCUCGCACAAACGAUCUUCACCUCCGAAGAAGACCGUGCCGGAUUUCUCCUGCAAGCGAUGGGCCCAGGACUCUUGGCCUCGGCCGAAGUUUCUCCUGCGGUACAACGUUUUGUUGCUGCCAGCUUGGACCGAACCUGGUACUGCGUUGGGAAGAAUCCUGUGCACUUUUACCAGACGCGUUCUGGUUCGAUACCAGGUGCACCUUUGGCUGACCUUCUGUUCCAAAUGGUCUUUGGCAAAGUUCUUGCUGACAUUGCCAGCAAGGCCGAUGAGCUUGGCAUCCGACCCCUUUGCCCCACAGCCUCUGGCGAUGUGGGUGAUGCCUUGCCCGCUCCUAGCUGGAUGGAUGACGUUGCUUUUCCGGUCAUCUCGAACCGUCCCGCUGAGCUCCUGGAGCAGGCCGGCGCCAUGGUCCGCGAGGUCGAUGCCGCCCUGCAUCGCGCAGGGAUCAAGGUCAACUUUGCACAAGGCAAGACUGAAUUCUUGCCCAUUGUGACCGGACGCGACAGUCGCAGACUGCGGCAACUUUGGUUAUGCCGGCAAGGCGCCAAUUUCCAGGUCAAUACACGCUCUGGCCAGGUUACCGUGCACCUUGCUGAGCGGUAUACCCACCUUGGCUCCGAAGUCGAUGCCACUGGAGGUGACUUGGCGGACCUUGGCAGACGCAGAAGCCUGGCACGUGACCUUUUUAAGGGCAUAUCGCGGCUAGUGAGGAAUCCACACCUGGCGUACCCUGAAAAGAUCAAUAUGAUCCUUAGCAUGCCACUCGCGAGAUUGCGGCACAAUUCGGGGUUAUGGGUGCUCCGAACCCAACGGGAACAAAGCCUGUACCGACAGGCCUACAUGGAACCCUGGCGGCGGUCCUUUCGUGCCCUCUGUGGCUUCUCCAGCCGCGGACUCGAUGAUGAGGCAGUCUGCGCUUGCUUGGGAGUCCUCACAGCUCACCAAACCCGCGUGGCUGACUUGAUCAGACACGCAGGAUGGCUCCUCGCAGACGGUUCCAGUGUUCUCGCGGCUCUCUGGUUCGAUGAGGGCCCAUGGCAUCAUUGUGUGCGCAGCGCGGUCUGCGAAUGUGCGGCCUAUGUCAGGGACUGCAGUUGGGAGUGUUUGCUGCAGGUCCCACAGUCAGCCAGGCGGUGGGCUAGACAAUAUGUUCGCAAGUGCCGGGCCAAGGCGGCAAGCAGGCAGGAGCGAUGCUUGCUGGAGUGGAGGAACCUCGCAAGCGCGCGCGACGCCGGGGCUUUCUUCUUUCACUACUCAGGCAAGCAAAUGCUCCCCUUGAAUGAGCAUAAGCCAGAGCUACCUCUGCCGCGAACGGUACCCGUUGCGAAGUAUGCGGCACAGAAUUCUGGUGCACCAAGAGGCUCCGUGACCACCUACGUCGCCAACCUGCCUGCUUGCAG